AGUCUGCACUGUAUGAAAACCAUUAUGGACAUAGAAUAUCCCCAUAAAAUAUGUAAACUCAAUUUGUGUGUGUGAGGUCAUUACCAAGAUAUAAACAAGAUGAUGUCCCUUCAGUCACCACAACAGUCUUUAACCCAAACCACUGUUUUAGUUAUAAAAGCCAUUGUUGAAGACACACGUGUUACAGUAUUCCUGUUAUGUUAAAUUCAUUUAUAAGUGUUUUAAUCAUGCUUGCUUCAGUAAAGAUGGUCGAGUGAAUUAAUAAGAUAAAAAAAUAAAUGACAAUCCAGAAGUAUCAUUAACCUUUACAAAAGCAUCCAAAGCGACUUUUUUCCUCCUAACAUGUGUUCCCUGGGAUAUCAUUAACCUUUACAAAAGCAUCCAAAGCGACUUUUUUUCUCCUGUGUUCCCUGGGAUACAAACCCCCAACCUUGUGUUUGCUAAUGCAAGAGCUACAGGAACACUAGAUACACUAAUUGCCAUUUAUAACACAAGAUAUUAUAAAACAGGGCGUUGUUGUUCUGUCAGGAUUUAUUAAAUGGCUUUACUGUCCCCACACACACCUUACAAUGAUUAACUAGCCACAAUAUACAUGUUUAACAGUAAUUAACCAAAGCAGAAACUUCAUCCACCACCAGCUAUUCUGUUAACGCACCAUAUAUGGCACUGAUAAAAGCACUGUAAAUAUUGUCAAGUCUCAAAGGGCAUUUUUUGGUAUCAGUCAGAGCCUGUGCUGCUCAGGGAACACAGCCUUCAACAAUUUCUCCUGAUUUAUAUAUAUAUAUAUAUAUAUAUUAUAUAUAUUUAUAUUUCCAUCGCAAUGUGUACUGGAAAGUGUGCGCGGUUAGUGGGGCUAAUACUUCUGCCUUCAGCUUUUUUGUGUAUCAUAGCAAAUAUACUUUUAUUCUUCCCUAAUGGAGAACAGUUGGAACCUAACCAGAUUUCCCUUCAAGUCUGGCUUAUGGGAGGUGUUCUUGGUGGAGGAUUAAUUAUGAUGUGUCCAAGCUGCUCAGCCAUCAGAGCUGGGGGCAAAGGCUGUUGCGGAGCAGGUUGCUGUGGAAACCGUUGCCGUAUGCUGAACUCUGUUUUCUCGUCUGUAUUUGGCGUUGCUGGGUCGGUCUAUUGUGCCUGUGUUGCCAUUGCAGCACUCGCUGUUGGGCCAAGAUGCCAAGUUGGGAUUGAUACAUGGGGAUAUCCCUUUGAGGGUACAGUAGGGAACAGCAGUUACCUAGCAGAUAAGACUAUAUGGUCCAAGUGUAUCUUUCCUGAGAAUGUGGUUCUCUGGCACAUCGUGCUGUUCUCCAUUCUUUUGGGUCUGUCUCUGAUCCAGAUGAUGCUCUGUAUCAUUCAGGUUGUAAAUGGAUGUGUGGGCUGCCUGUGUGGAGACUGUCGAAAAAGAAAAUCGGAUGAGGGAGGUCUGUAAGAUCUACGGAGGAGGAAAACAACAACAAACAAAUACAAAAUUAUUCAAUGUUGAGUCCUCAUAACAGGACAAGCGCUUUCAUACAACACUAACAACUUGUAAUCCAUGUCAUCCCUCAAAAGUGAUGUUGUGCGUAAAUGUAACCUUUUAUGUAACUUUAUUAUGUUAAGUGCUAUUGUAGCAGUACAUGAUAACCAAAUAUCAAGCUCGGUAACCUUGCUUUUAUGAUAGAAAUUGUGUAGAAAUUCUUUGUACUUUUUUUUUUUUAUAUAUAUAAACUAAGUGCAUUGUGACAUACAAAAUCAUCAGGUCCUAAUGAUUCAAAACAACAUUCCUUCAGAAUAAACAUAAUUUGCUAACA